ACACACACACACACACACACACACACACACACUCACUCGCCCGAGAGGAUUUCCUCCCUCAGCCUCGCUCCUGCCUCCUCCUAACCAGCGCUCUUGUCUGGCUGCCACCAGAACCGCCUGUGUCCAGGGCUGGGACCCUGUGCCCGCUCCCUCGGUGCCCAGAGGAGGGGCCGCUCCAUUAUUUACCGUCAACACACCCAACCGGCUGCCACUGUGGGAGCAAAGGGCCCCAAGGAGACUCUGCAGAGACACAAGGCAUGUUGCCCAGAGGGAGGCUGCAGGGUCAGCAGUAGGGGAGCUGGGAAGUCCCUCAUCACUUCCGAUCCCAGGGGCCUCGCCAAUCACAUCCGUGAGCCAGACCCCGUCUCCUGGCCAGGGUCCCCUGUUGCCCUGCACCGCCCACCUCCGUGCCUGCUUCUCUGCAGGGCAGCGCCCAGCAUGUUGGCCAACGUCUCCGCGAAGCCGCUCUGCCCGCUCCUGGAGCACAUGAGCCGCCUCCAGAGCCACAGCAACUCCAGCAUCCGCUACAUGGACCACGCAUCGGCGCUGCUGCACGGGCUGGCCUCGCUGCUGGGCCUGGUGGAGAACGGCCUGGUGCUCUUCCUGGUGGGCUGUCGCAUGCGCCAGACCGUGGUCACCACCUGGGUGCUGCACCUGGCGCUGUCCGACCUGCUGGCCGCCGCCAGCCUGCCCUUCUUCACCUACUUCCUGGCCGUGGGCCACUCCUGGGAGCUGGGCACCACCUUCUGCAAGCUGCACUCCUCCGUCUUCUUCCUCAACAUGUUCGCCAGCGGCUUCCUGCUCAGCGCCAUCAGCCUGGACCGCUGCCUGCAGGCGCUGCGGCCCGUGUGGGGACCCCAGGAGGAGAGGGGCCCCCUGAACCGGGAGCUGAGCAACACCUCGGAUUAG